UUCUACGUCACAUUCUCUCUCUUUCCCCCCCAAGUCCUCCAACGGAGAGGUGCACCGACACCGGUUUAUCCACAGCAGAGGCCGCCUCAGACUUGGGAAUCAGUCGCCAAAAUGGUGAACUUUACAGUUGACCAGAUCAGAGAGAUCAUGGACAAGAAGUCCAACAUUAGGAACAUGUCUGUGAUUGCCCAUGUAGAUCAUGGCAAAUCUACUCUCACUGACUCUCUAGUCUGCAAGGCAGGUAUCAUUGCCUCAGCACGAGCUGGUGAGACCAGAUUCACGGAUACAAGAAAAGAUGAGCAAGAAAGGUGCAUCACCAUCAAAUCAACAGCUAUCUCUCUGUACUACGAGCUGAGUGACAAUGACUUGGCCUUCAUCAAGCAGAGCAAGGAUGGAUGUGGUUUCCUCAUAAACCUGAUCGACUCUCCAGGUCACGUGGACUUCUCGUCCGAGGUGACGGCAGCUCUGAGAGUUACAGAUGGGGCUCUCGUAGUAGUAGACUGUGUAUCAGGUGUGUGUGUGCAGACAGAGACUGUUUUGAGGCAGGCCAUUGCAGAACGCAUCAAACCUGUCUUAAUGAUGAACAAGAUGGAUCGUGCCCUGCUUGAGCUCCAACUGGAACCAGAUGAACUUUAUCAGACCUUCCAGCGUAUUGUAGAGAAUGUCAAUGUCAUCAUCUCUACCUAUGGUGAAGGAGAACAUGGACCAAUGGGUAACAUUAUGGUGGAUCCUGUUGUUGGUACAGUAGGAUUUGGCUCAGGCCUUCAUGGUUGGGCCUUCACCCUUAAACAGUUUGCUGAGAUGUAUGUGGCCAAGUUUGCAUCCAAAGGUGAAAAGAAAAAAUCAGAUACUUCCCCUGCAGAGCGCUGUAAGAAGGUGGAGGAGAUGAUGAAGAAGCUCUGGGGAGACAAGUAUUUUGAUCCCUCCUGUGGAAAAUUCAGCAAAACUGCCACUAAUGGUGAGGGGAAAAAGCUCCCUCGCACUUUCUGCCAACUUGUCCUGGACCCAAUUUUUAAGGUUUUUGAUGCCAUCAUGAACUUCAAGAAAGACGAGGCCCAGAAACUGAUUGAAAAACUAAAUGUUAAGCUUGAUUCCGAGGACAAGGAGAAGGAGGGAAAACCACUGCUUAAGGCAGUGAUGCGUCGAUGGCUGCCUGCAGGUGAUGCUUUGCUCCAAAUGAUUACCAUCAAUCUACCUUCACCAGUCACAGCUCAGAAAUACCGCUGUGAACUGCUUUACGAAGGGCCUGGAGAUGACGAAUCAGCCAUGGGUAUCAAGAACUGUGACCCUAAAGCUCCACUGAUGAUGUACAUAUCCAAAAUGGUGCCAACUAGUGACAAGGGUAGAUUCUAUGCCUUUGGUCGUGUUUUCUCUGGUAUUGUUGCCACUGGGCAGAAGGUGCGUAUCAUGGGCCCAAACUACACACCAGGCAAAAAGGAGGACUUGUAUUUAAAGCCAAUUCAAAGAACCAUUCUGAUGAUGGGCCGUUAUGUAGAACCCAUUGAAGAUGUACCAUGUGGAAACAUUGUUGGCCUGGUUGGAGUUGAUCAGUUUUUAGUGAAGACUGGUACCAUCACCACCUACGAGCAUGCUCACAACAUGCGAGUAAUGAAGUUUAGCGUUAGCCCUGUAGUGAGAGUGGCUGUAGAGGCCAAAAACCCAGCUGAUCUACCAAAGCUGGUAGAAGGCCUUAAACGCCUGGCAAAGUCUGACCCAAUGGUUCAGUGCAUCAUUGAAGAGUCUGGUGAGCAUAUUGUGGCUGGUGCUGGAGAGUUGCAUCUGGAAAUCUGCCUAAAGGAUCUUGAAGAAGAUCACGCCUGUAUCCCCUUGAAGAAAUCAGAUCCAGUGGUGUCAUAUCGUGAAACAGUCAGUGAUGAUUCAGACCAAGUUUGCUUGUCCAAGUCUCCCAACAAGCACAACCGUCUGUACAUGAAGGCUCGGCCAUUCCCUGAUGGUUUGGCUGAGGAUAUUGAUAAGGGUGAAGUGAGCUCUAGGCAGGAGCUUAAACAGAGAGCUCGCUACCUGGCUGAGAAGUAUGAAUGGGAGGUUGCUGAGUCCCGUAAGAUCUGGUGCUUUGGACCAGAUGGAACAGGACCUAACAUUCUUGUAGAUGUAACAAAGGGGGUGCAGUAUCUGAAUGAGAUCAAAGACAGUGUGGUGGCUGGUUUCCAGUGGGCAACCAAGGAGGGAGCCCUUUGCGAGGAGAACAUGAGGGCCGUGCGAUUCGACAUCCAUGACGUGACCCUGCAUGCAGAUGCCAUACACAGAGGGGGUGGUCAGAUCAUUCCUACUGCUCGAAGGGUCCUGUAUGCUUCUGUACUGACUGCACAGCCAAGACUCAUGGAGCCCAUUUACCUGGUAGAGAUUCAGUGUCCAGAACAAGUUGUCGGUGGCAUCUAUGGUGUCCUGAACAGGAAAAGAGGCCACGUUUUUGAGGAGUCUCAAGUGGCUGGCACGCCUAUAUUUGUGGUAAAGGCAUACCUUCCUGUAAACGAAUCAUUUGGUUUUACAGCAGACCUACGAUCCAACACAGGUGGACAGGCCUUCCCUCAGUGUGUGUUUGACCACUGGCAGAUCCUGCCAGGAGACCCCUACGAUGCCAACAGCAGGCCGUCCCAGGUUGUGGCUGAGACCCGCAAACGUAAAGGCCUGAAGGAGGGAAUCCCAGCCUUAGACAACUUUCUGGACAAACUGUAAUUUUCCUGGACUGGAAAAACAGCAUUUAGAUAUUGGUAGCUCUUAUUUUCACAAUGUCACAUCAUGAUAAGUUUGAAGUGUAUGGCAAAAUAUGUUUACAUAAUGAAUAAUAAUAACUGAGCUUACUUGAGAUUUCCACACUGCUCAAUCUUCACAGCAAAUAAAUACUGAGCACCUUAA